AUGACUUGUUUGGCUUAUUUGUGUAGGUGGAAGAGGGUGGCUAGAGCAAGAACAGCUUCUGAAGGGUCUGAUUCUCCACCUGUCGUAGCUGCAAAUGCUUACACAGCCGCAAUAGCGACUGUGCUUCGAGCUCCACCUAAGGAUUUUAGACUUGUCAAGCAAGAAUGGGGCGAAGAGAGAGUUGGUAUGAAUAGUUGUGUGGAUAUGAUUGUAGGCAAGAAGGGCUUCGAGGGCAUUGAAGGAAGUGGUGAGGUUUCAAAUCUCUUGUGCGGGGGGAGACAGGUGAGGAAACAAGCUGCAUUGACAUUGAGGUGCAUGCAGGCCUUAAACAUGCUUAAUGAAAGGCGAAGUAAGCUUGAACUUUUGAAGCAAGCCGAGGAAGGAUGCAAAGCUGCAUUGAAGAAAGAAACUUAUUAUUGCGAGGAUCCCCUUGGUGAAAAUCCUGGAAACUUUGGGCAACAAAAUAGUCAUGGAUCUCAUAUCAAAUACUCGUUACGUUUUGGUUUCUUCAUUGAAGGUUCAGCAGAAGAUGUAGCAGCUUCUGUUUUGCACUCAAGAACACUUUCAAAUUCUGACUUGCAUUCCAGAGAUGUUUCCCGCUGUGAUAACAUUGAGGAUGACUGUUCAAAAUAA